AUGGUUGAAAAUGGAAUUGGUCAUCGAACGAAAGCGAAGGUAGAUCAAGAGAACCGGAUGACCACCACUAGCAGUUUGUGGGCUGUCACGGAUCCGAGGGAUGGUAGGAGAGUGGCCUUAAAGAAACUGCCGAAUGUCUUUCAAAGUCUCGUCAGCAGCAAGCGCGUUUUCAGAGAACUGAAGAUGCUUUGUUUCUUCAAACACGAAAACGUUCUCUCGGCCCUGGAUAUCUUACAACCGCCGCAUCUCGACUUCUUCCAAGAAAUAUAUGUGAUCACGGAGCUACUCCAAAGCGAUCUUCACAAGAUCAUCGUCAGCCCACAGCACCUAAGCCCCGAUCACAUCAAGGUCUUCCUUUAUCAAAUCCUUCGAGGUCUGAAGUAUCUUCACUCAGCCAGAAUUCUCCAUAGAGAUAUCAAGCCAGGGAAUCUUUUAGUGAACAGCAAUUGCGUCUUAAAAAUCUGUGAUUUUGGAUUGGCACGCGUGGAAGAGCCCGACCAGAACAAGCACAUGACUCAGGAAGUGGUAACGCAGUAUUAUCGUGCCCCGGAAAUUCUAAUGGGUGCACGACAUUAUACCGCAGCCGUCGAUGUAUGGAGCGUCGGUUGCAUUUUCGGCGAGCUUCUUCGACGACGAAUUCUCUUUCAAGCUCAGAGUCCUGUGCAACAGUUGGAAUUGAUCACGGAACUGCUAGGCACCCCAACCCUCGAGGACAUGAGGUACGCUUGCGAGGGUGCAAGGACUCACAUGCUGAGGCGUGCACCGAAACCACCCUCGUUGACGGCUCUCUAUACCCUCAGCAGCCAGGCGACGCACGAGGCCGUCCAUUUGCUCUGCCAGAUGCUAGUCUUCGAUCCUGACAAGAGGAUCACCGUGGUGGAUGCCCUGGCGCAUCCUUAUCUGGACGAGGGAAGACUCAGAUAUCACUCGUGCAUGUGCACGUGUUGCUACACAACGAGUGCUGGGAUGAGACAGUACACUGGGGAUUUCGAGCCAGCGACUACUCAUCCCUUCGAUGAUCUCUGGGAGCGAAAACUGACGAGCGUGCAGCAGGUGAAAGAGGAAAUGCACAAAUUUAUAGCGGAGCAGCUGAAUACGUCGCGCGUGCCGCUCUGCAUAAAUCCGCAGUCCGCGGCAUUCAAGAGCUUCGCAAGCUCGACGGUGGCCCACCCUUCGGAACUGCCACCCUCUCCUCACCAAUGGGAAUAAAUCUUCUCCGUGGAAUAAGAAAGAGACACACAAAAAAAAACACAGACAAAGAAUGAAUGAACGAAAGAAAAAAAGAUAGAAAGAAAGAG